ACCGCAAGCACAUCAACACAUCAUUAUGAAUCGACAAAAAAUUAUAUUACUUUCUUUUAGCAAUAUUGACUUUAUAUUUUGCUUUUGACUCUGCCGGGGUCUAUUGUUGCCCAGUAAUCAUGUCUUCUGCGUGUAAUGUAAAGCUCUAUAUUUAUGAUGUUACCCGUGGUCUUGCACGACAAAUGUCACCGUUUGUUUUAGGAAAGCAAAUCAAUGGAAUAUGGCAUACAGGUAUUGUGGUUUUGAAAGGAUUUUUUGGAUCUAAUGGAAUUGGAUAUUCCAGACCAUGUAGUACAGUGCUGGGUGAACCCGAUGAAAUUCAUGACCUAGGCGCCACCCAGCUCUCGGAAGAAGAGUUUCAAUUAUUCCUAAUUCAAGUUGGAGAGCAACAGUUCAGACCCGAAUGCUAUCAUUUGUUUGAUCACAACUGUAACACGUUCUCCAACGAGGUUUCUCAGUUUCUCACUGGUCAAACCAUCCCGAAACAUGUUCUUGAAGUACCCAAAGAAAUUUUCAACACGCAAUUAGGUGCGAUGAUCAAACCAAUUUACGAAUCCCUGGCGGCUCAUCCUAUUGGUGGAAAUUCAUCAAUGACCUCAGCUUUUACUCGUUCUUCAGAUUCAAAUUCCAUUGAUCAACCGAGACCUACGAUUUCUAAUAUUAAUCAGCCGCACUCCAGAAAUUCCGAGAUCAGUGAAAAUAGUAAAGACUCGACAAGUGGUGUGAACGUUGGUUUAGACAACGAAAAUAUGGUGGACAACAAAAACGACGUUGAAGCGAUUGUUAAGUCGCUUCUGGAAGGUGACACGGACGAAAUUGUUAAAGCUGUGAUUUUAGUUCGUGAUGUCUCUUUGUCAAAGGUCAGUAAUGAAUCGGCCAUUGAGUAUUCUUCUGCAAUUCUUGAAUGCAUCCAGAAAAAUGAACAUUUGCCUAAAGAGACAGUUUACCAUAGUUUAAUGGCUCUGCGAAACUUCAUGAAAAUAAGUCCAGAGGUUGUAAAUCUGACUUGUCUUAUUGGAAGAGAUUUGUCAAAGUUUCGAGAGCUUUCACCAGCCAUGGAUAAACUGUGUAAUGAGUUAGACGAGUAUAUUAAUACAACUGGAGUUUAAAUUAUCAUUGUAAUUAUUAUAUACUGGAAAAUUUCUACUCACUGAAUCAUGAGCUUUAAAAUGAUA